AUCUCUGUGUGCUGACACCGAGCUCCUUUCAGACCUGGGACAAAGAGCUGGAGGCCCUUGCUCAAUCCUAUGCAGAGAAAUGCAUCUGGGACCACAACAAGGAGAGGGGCCGACGGGGAGAAAACCUCUUUGCUAUGGCUCCAACCCUGGAACUGGAAUUCGCCGUGGAAGAUUGGAACGGGGAGGAGAAAUUCUACAACUUGACAACAUCCACGUGUGUCCCUGGGCAGAUGUGUGGCCACUACACCCAGGUGGUCUGGUCAAACACACAUCAGAUCGGCUGCGGGGCACAUUUUUGUGAGAAGAUCGAUGGAAUUGAAACAGAGAACAUGCACCUGCUUGUUUGCAACUAUUAUCCCCCGUAAGUCCCAGGCCCUGCAUGGAUUGGUGCAUCUC